GAACUUGUGGUAUGCCAAUUCAUAAAACUGUAGUUUAAAGAAAAUGUGAUGGUUUCUUCUCCUUCUGCUUGGAAUAACAUAUUCUGUCUAUGUUGUGAAAAUUGUCUUGCAUUGUUUAAAAUGUUCCUUUAAUUUGUGGUAUGAGCAUCAGUGCUGAGUAUGUAGGUUGCGCCCAAGAAUAAUGUACCAAACAGCACUCUGCCAUUGAGUCUCUGACUCUGACUCUCAGCGCUCUGCCAUUGUCCCUGAUUGGCAUCGCCUGGGAAUACCAAAAGCUCAAACUAAGAGUCAAUGGCAGAAUGCUGUUUGGCACAUUUUUCUUGGGCGCAACCUACCCAUUCAGCUCUGCUGCUCAUACCACAAAUACAUGUUCCUUACAAAUGUGGCAUCAUUUAAAAGGGGAGGUUUCAGGCUUUCCAACGAUGUACGUUUUCUUGCUAAAAAGCAUUGUUAUAGCAAUGAAAAUAUCAACCAAACACAAGUUUGCUUACUUUUUGUGCCUAGUUUACGUAUCUUUAGUAAUAAUAUUGCAGCUAAUUUCAACCUAAUGAUCAUUUUAACAUAUUCCAUUUUAGACAACUACAAAGAUGCCUGUAGGCUAAUGGAGAAGUACCAGACGGGCUGCAACACCACUGAUCUUCAGUCUGAGGCAGAGGAGGAGUGUGGGCUGCCAGAUAAACGACCAAGGAAGGCAGUGCAUCACUUUGGGGACUCUGAUGAGAGUGAAGAUGGUGGCCAAUUGCACUGGCAGACUCCAACAUCUCGCCGAGGGCCAGGCAGCAGCAGCAGAGUCUCUCCUCGACUUGAGGAAAACUGUCUAGCACCUCACCAUGGGGCAGGACCGCAACAACCGUUGCCAAACCAACUCCGGAGAGUUACUCAAGGAACGGCAGUCCCUCCUCUUCUCCCUCCACCCCCUCCACCCCCGACAUCAACCCUGAGCCUGCGGCCAACAGAGGAGCCUUCUUCAAUCCCCGCCAUCGGACCAACAUGGCGAGGGGGAAGAAUGAAUGAGUCCAUUCCCUGCUCUGUGGCUGAAGUCCACAUCCUCAACCUGCUGGAGACGAUUAAAACGCAGCAAGACCAGCUUGUGGCAAAGGUCAACUACCUCUGCAGCAGGAUGAACAGCACCCCGGGGCCAGAAGUUGAGAUGCCUGAUAAUAUUAAUCUCCCGUUGGAACACCUGGAGGCAGUGGAGGCAUUUGAGGUGUUUUUAAAAGAACCCUCAAACCACCCAGCUCGACAGAGAAUAAUUGCUUCUUUGGCCACAAUUGGAGGCCAUGAUUUGAAGAGGGUGACUUGGAACAUUCUUGGCCGGCUUUACACAGACGACGUGUCCCACCAGAUCAACUGGAAAGGUGUCAACACCAAAAAGGCCUUCAGCCAGAUGUCGGCAAAGAGCUUGCUUUUCAGUGCUGUGAGGAAAAACUCCCUCACAAAGUCCGUCACCGAUGCGGAGGUCACAAAGCACACCAUCAGGUGGUUUAACCUGGCCAUGGAUCGGGCGACAAAGAGACGAGGAGGUGUCCGUCCCCCGACAUGUCCCUCACAGCCGUAGUGAAGCCGUAAUGAAGCAGUUGAGAACAUAAUGAAUAAAAAAAUUACUCAAAUUAUUGAACGUUUGAUUCUUGUUGUUAACCAGUUUUUAAUUUUCUGAUAUUUUAGCUGUGCAUUGCACAACAUUUCAUUGAAUUUCAUUGAAGAUGUAGCCUAAUAUAUAAAAUGUAUGCACUAUAGGCCGGUAAAGCACUAAAUGAGUUUCUAAAAUGAAUGUAGCCACAUUCAUUUAACAGGUUAGCAAAAACAGAAUAGGCUAUAACCGGUAUCUUUCCAUAAAUGUCCAUUUUCCAUUGAGAAGUUAUUACUUUUGUACAGUAAACCGAUGUUUUGAAUUGAACCUUUUCUGUUAGGCCUAUUGUAUUGUAAGGUUGAAAAUAUGCAAUGCAGAUUUAAGCUUUAGGGCUAUAUUGCUGUAGUAGGCCUAGUUCUAGCGAUAGUUUUUAGUUUUAUCAAAUAGUUUAGUUUAUCCUAUUUUAUCCUACACGAGAACAGAAGGGAUUUGGAAGGACAAACGGAUCCGGGCCGGAUGAGCCACGAUUUGUAUGAGUCCGUUGUGGGUCCGUUGUGGGUCCGCGACGGAUGUAUGUAUCAAUUUACGGGUCCCGAACGUACCCGUCGCGGAGGUAAGGUUUUAGUCGUGGAUGCGGAGCGGAGGCA